AGGUUAACCCGGUUACGGAAGCCGAAGAAGGCAGAGAGCGGACUGCCUGUAGGAAGUUUAACUGAAGAAAUCCAGGUAGCGGUGGUGAAUAGGUUAUCUCGGGCCCAAUGGCGACCGUGGAGGGUACCGGCAGCGGCGAGAAAGAGCAGGGCGGCGAGAAAGAGCAGGGCGGCGAGACCUCAGUCACUUACUAUCGGUUGGAGGAAGUGGCGAAGCGCAACUCUGUGAAGGAACUAUGGCUGGUGAUCCAUGGGCGAGUCUACGAUGUCACCCGCUUUCUUGACGAGCAUCCUGGUGGAGAAGAGGUUCUGCUGGAACAAGCUGGUGUAGAUGCAAGUGAAAGUUUUGAAGAUGUAGGCCAUUCCUCUGAUGCCAGAGAAAUGCUAAAGCAGUACUACAUUGGUGAUAUCCAUCCGAAUGACCUUAAACCUCAGAGUGGUAGCAAGGAUCCUUUGAAAAAUAAAUCGUGCAAAAGCUGCUGGUCAUAUUGGAUUCUCCCCAUUGUAGGCGCUGUUCUCCUAGGUGUCCUGUAUCGUUACUACACAGCAGAAAGCAAAUCCUCCUGAGGGGACCUUGUUGAAGUCUGGGAAACACAUCCACGUGGGAGUGAAAGUUGAAAGACUUGCUUUGGGGCUACAGUGGAGCCCCUCAAAUCUUGCCAAUUGUAUUCUUCCCCCUUGGAGCCAAGGCAGUUGACCAGACGUCCACCUCCAAUCUGGGACUGAUGUCCUUCCUCUCUCAGAGCCUUACUCCCAGAGCACCUGCUCAUUGUUGUGUCCUGGCCAGUGUGUCUUCUCAUUGCUGGUUUUCACACGUUUAUGUUGCUGAUUGCAGUUCCCACAUUGUAGUGACACUGCUCUGUGGGAAAAAUGCCUGCUUUCCAAUACUUCGAAAGCACAUUAGAGUUUCACCCUAGUUUUUGAGAUUUUUCUUUUUUCAUUUUUUGAAAUUCUGAUUUGAUUCUAUUAUUUACCAUAAGGAGUUUCAGAUGUGAAGUAAAAGUGUGCACCUGUUCCUUACAACAUGACUGCCAGAUGAUCUUGUUCCCCGUUUGUUUAUUAAAACUAGAGAGAACUAUGUGGCCACCUCCCGCUUCCAGGCUAGUGUAGCUGGUAGUGUAGCUUCCCACCCCUCGGUCCAGCCCCUUUUUUUCCCAAGGGAUGCUGGAUAAAAUCGCUUUCUUUUGCUUUCUUGGGGAUGGGAACAGCCAACAAAAGAAAGGAA